GACUUUCGGCCCUCGCUAAUAACGUAAACUUUCAUUCUGGGUUUAAAUUUUUCAAAAAUUCUUAUUAGUUUUCUCAGGAUUCGAAAAAAAAAUGAAUCCCCAUUUGAAUAGCAUUGCAGCCGAAAAUACGUAACGAUCCUCUUAAUAAGUAAAUUACAAUUACUAUUUAGGUUUAUAAACUUCGUUGGAGAGACGUCCAUUUCUCUACUUAUUGUCAUUAGAGUCACUGUCAGAAUAAUAUAUAAUAGUGGUCCAUUACUACGUGCCAUAGAACCCUAAGAUGAACUCUAGGCUAGUGUGGGAAUGUCGAUACGAACAUAACAGUGUUAUACUGGUGUGGGUUCCAGAUCAUCGGGAUAUUACGGUAACGAAAGAGCUCAUGCACUUGCCAGGAGAGCAUCAGCUACAAAAUACCUUUGGAGACAUCGUAGUGACUCAAAAUAUGUAUAUGGGACCCACCCACUAGACCUGCAUAAGCUAGUACAGGGUUCUAGAAUUCUGGAAUGAGGUUUCAUAAAGUAAUGGAACAUGCCAUGUGGCUGCAGUACGACUGGUUCAUAACAGAUGGCUUCCAAAGGUAAAAAACUACUUGCCAUAUGUUCCCGAUCUGGGCCAUCUCAGUUCUCUAAUGCCCAUGAUGUUUUUUAUUCUUUUGAUCUUCUUUUCAAUAACGUGUUUUAUGGGUUAUUGUUUUAAUAAUGUUUUACUUAAAUAUUUUACUAACGUGAGUUUUUUUUAGGAUAAUGAACAAUCCAACUUUUUUGUUCGACACAUUAUCAUAUUCCGAGAGUUCCAGCCUUCAAAAUGUUCCAGCCUCGUCCAAUCGACUACUACAUGUCCAAAGAGGAACAUCCAAGUAUUACAUUAUUUUACCAAAGAACUCGGUAUCUGCGGCUGUGCCAUCAGAAACCCAACUGGUGCCAUUAAAAACUUAUCCACCUGCACUUAAAGUAAUGCCAUCACCAAACCAAUUGUUGAUGAAAACAAAGACUUCUUCACCGGUACUUAAAGUAAUCCCAAAAGUUAUGUUGGCAUCAAAUACUGUUGGAUCUGGAUCUACACCUUCACUGAGAGUAAUCCCAACUAAAGAUCUAAUAAAUCCCUUGACAACUUUGUCAAAUGUAUAUCCAAAUACACCAGUCGUAAUCCAGAGUGAAUGUGCUUCGUCCACAUAUGUUAAUCCUUUCGACUAUACUCGUGACGUAAAAAAUACUUCAUCGUCCAUCUGCACACAAAAAAUGGCCAAUGUAGUAAAAGACGACCAAAAUUUAAUGCAGCAAAAAAUAUGGGCCUGUAAAAUUUGCAGAAAAGAAUUCCAUGAAAAAGAAUUUCUUCUGGAUCACUACGAAAUGCACAAGAAUACCACAGAUCAGCUUGGUGAUAUCGACGAAAAUAACGAUGCAUAUAACAUAGGUGGUAAAGAUGUAACUUGUCCAAUUUGUUUGACGACCCAUAUUACCAUAACUAGCUAUCAUCAACAUGUUGCUAAUAAACACAAACCAAAAGACCAUAAUUGUGAUAAGUGUAAACAUGCUUUUACUGACAAUUUUGACUUAAGUAUUCAUAAUACCAAGCACAAUCAUGAUCCAGAAUCGUACGAGUGCGUUGUAUGCAAGAAGUUUCAUACAAAAAACACCAGAAUCUUAUACGAGCAUAUAUCCAAAGAGCAUGUAAAAGAGGAAAUGUAUUGCAAUGGAUGUGACAAGACGUUCUUAUCGAAGGCGUGGUUCGACAUUCACAAAAUAUUUCACGUAGACAUUAAUAAAGCGAAUACUUAUAAAUGUGGCCGAUGCGAAUCUGAAUUCACUUCCAACUAUUCCUUGAUGGAACAUAUGCAAGAAUCCCACACCAAAUACAAAUGCAAUCAGUGUGAUGUAACCUUUCCCUACAAGCAAAAUUUGGACAUACAUAACAGCCAUUUGCAUGUAACUGAAGGAGAGUUUCUUUGUAAUGAAUGUGGGAAAACAUUUACAAAAUUAACAAAUCUUAGGUCUCACGAAACAGUCCAUAAGGAGGCUAGGUUUGUUUGUUCAGUCUGUGGUAAAAUAUUUAAAAAGAAAGAAGGCUUGGACCUUCAUAUGAGAGUUCAUACUGGGGAAAAACCAUAUAAAUGCAAUUUCUGCGAAAAAGCUUUUGCUCACAAGAGCGAUUGUAACACACAUCGAAGAAUUCAUACUGGUGAGAGGCCAUAUUCUUGCUCCAUAUGUAAAAAAUCUUUCUUUUGCUUAUCCAGUUUUAAGAAACAUAAGCGAGUUCAUACAGGCGAGAGACCAUAUCAUUGUUCCGAAUGUAAGAAAUCUUUCUCCCUUAGAUCCAAUCUUAAGAAACAUAUGCUAGUCCAUACCGGGGAGAAACCAUAUUCUUGUUCUAUAUGUAAGAAAGCUUUCUCCCAGUCACGCACUCUUAAGAUACAUGAGCGAAUUCAUACGGGGGAGCGAGCAUAUCCUUGUUCCAUAUGUAAGAAAGCUUUCUCCCAUAUAUCCACUCUUAAUAAACACAUGCGAAUGCAUUAGCGACAAGAACCGAAUCAUUCUUCCAAAUAGUCCAGGGGGCAUCUGUUUUGAGAUGGACGUUGACAGGUGAUUCAAAUUUUUUUGCAGAAAUUACUUGAAAAUAACUCAAAUAAUAAUAUUUGAGUUAUCCUCCCACUCAAAAUGGC